AUUGCAUUUUUCGAGCCCGCGCUUUUUCCGCUGAAAUCAUCUAAAAUUGACUUGUAAAAUUUCCUCGAUGAAUUUCUUCCCAGAAGAAGUAUUUUUUUGGUUGAAUUAAUGGUUUGUUUUGGAAAUGAUGCAUCAAAUGGGAUCUCAGCCGCGGCCUUUCUCCCAUCAUACGCAAGUAACACCGUUGUCUGAUGGCGAGAGGGAGAAAAUUUAUUCUUGGAUUAUUGAGCUUUCCAAUGCAGAAACACGAGAACAUGCUUUAUUGGAGCUAAGUAAAAAACGUGAAGUUGUUCAAGAUUUAGCACCAAUGUUGUGGCAUUCAUUUGGAACAAUUUCUGCUCUACUGCAGGAGAUUGUAAAUAUUUAUCCAGUUAUUAAUCCACCAAAUUUAACUGCUCAUCAAUCAAAUCGAGUUUGCAAUGCUCUUGCAUUACUGCAAUGUGUUGCAUCACAUCCUGAAACUAGGACAUCUUUCUUACAAGCACACAUUCCGCUGUUUUUGUAUCCCUUCCUACACACAACAAGCAAGACAAGACCAUUUGAGUAUCUUCGACUUACAAGUUUGGGAGUUGUUGGUGCUUUAGUGAAAACAGAUGAACCUGAAGUGAUUAAUUUUCUUCUAACAACAGAAAUUAUUCCAUUAUGUUUGAGAAUUAUGGAGUCUGGCAGUGAAUUAUCCAAAACAGUCGCAACUUUUAUUCUUCAGAAAAUAUUACUUGAUGAAACAGGUUUAUCUUACAUAUGCCAAACUUAUGAACGAUUUUCUCAUGUGGCAAUGAUAUUGGGUAAAAUGGUUCUAGCUUUGGCAAAAGACCAAUCUGCAAGGCUUCUGAAGCAUGUCGUUCGAUGUUAUUUGAGAUUGUCAGACAACCCAAGAGCAAGAGAAGCAUUACGUCAAUGUCUUCCUGAUCAACUGAAAGAUGCAACAUUUUCAAACUGUCUUAAAGACGAUGCGUCAACAAAACGAUGGUUAAGUCAACUAAUGAAGAAUUUACUUGAGCUACCAGCUACUGAUGCUAGGGGAAUUCCUUUGCCUCCUUGAGUUAAAACAUAUCUUAUUAAUAAUUUCGCCCACUUGUAGAUUUGAUAAUGGACAUAUUUUGAUAGAAUUUGUAAAAUAUGUAUUUUGAGGCUUUGCAUUUUUUGUGGUGUUAAAAACAAUCGCAAAAUAAAUUACACAAUACAUAAAGAAUGGGUUGUUAUCUAGGUAUAUAAAGUUUGAAUCCUAUUCAGAAUAUGACUUUGA